AUGCCGGCACUGAAAACUCCUCCUCGCGGGUCCGGUGCUGUGUCGACUGCCGGAUGGGACUUGCGGACAUUUAUCGCUUUUGGCAUUGUUGGCUUUGCAAAUGCCAUUCUUCCAUACAUCAUCCUCUCCAGUCUCUAUCUUAUUAUCACCUUUUCGCAACCCAUCGUCUUGCUCAUAGAGCUGUUUCCUGCUCUUGGCGUCAAGCUUCUCGUUCCUCACAUCUUGCAUUACACGCCACACUGGUUCUGGCUUCUUCUCCUCACAAGCUGCUGGAUCCUGGCCACCAUCGCUGCCAAUGCCGCGCCGCCAAAUGUCAUCGCCCCUAUCCGCCUCUUGAUUGCGCUACUUGCUUCGGCCACUGCCGCAGUUGGUGAGGUCUUCUUUCUGAGCCGGCUGUCGCAGUACGGCAAGACGGCGCUGGCAGGAUGGGGGACCGGGACAGCAGUGGGAGGUGCAUUGCGCGCUGUGCUGCCGGUGCUGGUGACGGUCCGCAUGGGCAUCAUGCUGCGUGAUGCGACGGGUUAUGCUUAUUAUCUGCUUGUGGCUUUGAUGGUUGCUUAUUUCCUGGUGCUUCCGUCACCUCGGAGUCACAGAGGAGAGAAGUGGCCAACUGAGAUUGAGCUUGCCGCUGAAGACGACGCUGUCUCCGAGAUGGGAAGCCAAAACUGUUCACUUCUGUCUGCAAAACCCUCCUCAUACAUCAGCUUCUGGGAGCGCUUCCGAAGUAAUUUGCGGCUUCUGAGCAACAAGCUUCUCAGGCUAUACAUUGACCCUCUGCUACUCGUCACAGCCGCGCAAAUCUUUGUGCUCUCGGGAACACCUCGUGCCAGCAUGGUGCUGCAAAACUUCUCAGGCUAUUCCACGUUUUUAGCUGCAUACGGUCUAGCAUUCCAGACUGGGAAUGUUAUAGCACGAUCGACCGCUCUGCUGCUCCGAGCCAGAAGGCCAAGACUUGUCUUUGCCAUGUUGGUAGCUUGCUCUCUGGCUGUGAUUCUCAACACGGCACUAAUGUUGAGCGAGAAUGUGUACGUUGCUUUUGGCCUCGUGUCUGUUGUUGGGUGGUUAAGCGGCUUCAUGUAUAUGAACAUAUUGGGUGCUGCCAUGGAGUACUUGGGCAGGAAUCCGGAGGCGGACGCUGAGUUUGCCUUGGGGAGUAUUGGGGUUGGAGAGACUGUGGGAAUACUCAUUGGAGGGCUUGCUGGGGUUACGUUUGAGGCACAGCUGUGUGGGUUGGCGAGUCGGAACGGACGGUGGUGUUCUACUAUCACAUAG